GUUCUUGAAUCGUUCUCUGGACUUGCCAUUUAAGCUUCAAAACCACCUGUCCAAAUACUUUGCCAACACGAUGGGUAAAAUCGUUCAUGAAGCAAUCAAAAUUGAGAACCAUAGCAUGGUUGUUGACAAUUUUUAUUCGGAGGAUUUUGUCAUUGAGGAAAUUCUCGAGAAGUAUGGGAAUAUGAUAACUGCAGGUGCUCGUAACAAGGCCAAGAAAGAGAAGGUUGGCAAAGGUACCAACAACGAGAAGGUCAACAAAACGAAGAAAAAAAAUAAGAAGCCAGCUCCAAAGAAGGAAAAGGUUCCGAAAGCAGCCACGAAGCCAAAGUCACCGAAACAAACAGUGCCACCGAAAAAAGUAAUGCCACCGAAGGAGGUAACACCACCAAACGAGCCAAAGUCACAGCAGGAUAAAGAUGGUCUCAAGCAAUCAACAUUGACACUCAGCAAAGAGAAAAGGAUACGGAUAGCAACAAAUCAUUCGAUAAGAAUGAAACCAUCGCACCGCCAACAGCACGUCGUAUAAAUGCACGCCGUAGUACGGUCAAGCCCGUCAAUUAUGCUGAAUUUUCAGACCAAAGCGACGAGGACGUGGUUCAAGAUCCAUCGUUAAAAGCAGCAAAACGUACGAAAAAGGCCGAUGAUUCGCCAAUUGAGUCCGUUGCAUAGAAGAAGAAGAAGACGGCAAUGGUGAGCGGCGAUGAUAGUUUAGAUUCGAAUUUCGAUAUAUAAACAGUUUUUACGCAAGAAGCGAGAAAGAUAGACCAUUCUUCACGCAAACG